UCUGCAUCAGGGGUAGUUUGGAAUUCAGAUUCUUUCAAACUGGGGUAAAAACCAGGCCCAGAGUUCAGAGUUCAACAACAAGCUUCCAAGAUGCCGCCCAAAGGAAAAAGUGGUUCUGGAAAAGCGGGGAAAGGGGGUGCAGCCUCUGGGAGUGACAGUGCUGACAAGAGGGCUCAAGGUCCCAAAGGUGGUGGCAAUGCAGUAAAGGUCAGACACAUUCUAUGGGAAAAACAUGGCAAAAUCAUGGAAGCCAUGGAAAAGUUAAAGUCUGGGAUGAGAUUCAAUGAAGUGGCCACACAAUAUAGUGAAGAUAAAGCCAGGCAAGGGGGCAUCUUGGGUUGGAUGACCAGAGGGUCCAUGGUGGGACCAUUUCAAGAAGCAGCAUUUGCCUUGCCUAUAAGUGGGAUGGAUAAGCCUGUGUUUACAGACCCAGCGGUUAAGACAAAAUUUGGAUAUCAUAUUAUUAUGGUUGAAGGAAGAAAAUAAAAUCAUAUGAAAGACUGAAA